CAUGGGCGUCGGGGACAAGCCCUUUGUCAGCGUCCAGGGCCCCAGCCAGGCCCUGCUGAGCAGCCUGCUCACAGGCAGAGCUGCCCGCACCCGUGCCUCGGUAGCUCUUUCUUCCUUCAGCCCCUGGGUUGGGGCCCCAUGCUCUCCACCAGCUGCCACGUCAUCCCCCCUCCCUGGCCCUGCCCCCCUGGGCCUGUUCUGCGAUGCCAGCCCUGUGCCCCCUGCGGCAGGGCACUCCCCUGGGGCCUGCUCGCUGCCAGGGCACCUGGAGGAGGAGGAGUGGGAGCUGGACGUCAAGCACAUCCCCCGCGCGUCCGAGACAGCCGCUGGCUCAGGAGCUGCUCUGGCUCUGGGGGAGCCAUCCCCCAGGGGGGCAGAGUCUCCAGGGGGCACUGCCCCAGUGCAGCGCCGGCCGAGAGACGGCCACACACACCCUGACUUGGCGACCCCGCUCUGACCCUGGCACUGAGAGCUGGGUCUGGAGCCUGCACAGGAAGCUGUUUGCCUCGCGUGGCCAUGUGGGGCAGGAUCGGAGCCCUGGGGCCGCCAGGAAUAGGACAGUCUGAGCCCCUGGCAGACUCCUGGCACCACACCCCACAGGCUUAUCCCCCCGGAUCCUCCCCUUCCCACCCACUGCAUGGAGCCACCAGACAACCUCCAGCCACUGCCCCAUGGGUCCUCCCCUCAUCCUUCAUGGGACUACUAGGGCCCUGUAGCUACCAUGUGGGCUGGGGGAUGGGUAUCAGUGGAGGGCGCGGCGCAGCGCCCCAUGGCCUGAGAGGGGAAGGACAGUGAUGGUGUGGGCAGGAAACCCAUCUGGCCUGGGCUUCAGAGCAGUGGGGCUGGCUUAUACCCUGGGGGUGGCCUGGGACUGCCCCAGCACCUGGAUAGCAUGAGGACCCUGCUCUCAUAGACUCUGAGUGUGCCCACCUCUGGCCCUGCAUACUCACCGAGUCCUACGUGCACGUGCAGAGCAGAGCCCCCAUGAGGAUUGGCACAUACGUGCAUACUGAUCCCUGUCUCACCCAGCUGUGCCUCCACAUGCAACGACCCCUUCACGUGCACACGCCCACGCGCACACAGAUCCCUGUCUCACUCAGCUGUGCCUCCACGUGCAACAACCCCUUCAUGUGCACACGCACACACAGAUCCCUGUCUCACCUAGCCGUGUCUCCACGUGCAACAACCC